AUGACAGAUCCUUCAGUGGUGGAUCACCUGACACGACUGAAACUCAAACUCCUAGAAAAGAGACUAGAAAAUGAACAGCAGAACCUACAGAAGAUGGAGUCACCUCUCCCAGCUGCAAGGAACAGAUGUGAGGAUAUGCUCCGAAGUGCCCUAAGGCGAAGGAAAGAUCUUGUGCAGGAUCUUAGGGAGCAGCACCUUCUGGAAGAACUUUCACAGCCCCCUGCACCAGCUGGAGGACACUGUCAUAACCACAGAGCUGCCUCCCCGCAUGUCUACCAGAUACCUUUUCCAGCUCCCCAAGCGGAGCCACCAAGGAUUAUCCAGCAGACAAUGCCGCCUCAGCCUGCCACCAUCAUCCAGCAGUUACCUCAGCCGCCCCCACUGAUCACGCAGAUCACCCCUGCCCAGCCUUUUGCAGCCCCCCGCUCCGGAAGCAUUAAAGAAGAUAUGGUAGAGAUGAUGCUGAUGCAGAACGCUCAGAUGCACCAGAUUAUCAUGCAGAAUAUGAUGCUGAAGGCUCUGCCACCGAUGGCGUUCGCACAGUCUGCUGGAGCCAGCUCUCCCCUGCUUCAGCAUGCACAGCAGGACCUGCAGUUUGCUGCUCCCUUGGCUGUGAAAGCAGACAAGCCCAGGCCAUCUGCGGUGCACCACCACCACCACUACCCUGCCACAGGGGUGCUCCCAGUGCCCCAUGAGGGCUUCCCGUCCACAUCCACGGCACAGCACUGGACCAGUAGCAUGCUCCCCGCCCUGCCUAC